GCCCCUCGCUAGCUACGGCAGUCCUCCCUCCCCGUUCCCGCCCCCACCCUCACCCUUCUCAUCACCCGACCCCUUCCCCUCACCACACUCCUCACCCCUCUACCCAAGCCACUAUGGCCACCGGCACUACCACCACUGCCCGUGAACAUCUCCUAGUGGUGCGGAGGCGCAGCCCACAUAUGCGCUACAUGCUAAGCCCAGAGAAUCUCUGCAGCCUCUCAGCACAGAGUGGUUCUGGGAAUGUGGGGAGUUCUAGAGGAGGACCCCCAGAACCAAUGGGCCUACAGCGUGCCAACAGCGACACCAACCUGGUGACGUCGGACAGCCGUUCCUCUUUAACAGCCUCGAUGUACCAGUUCACGCUUGGGCGAGGACAAAACCUUGUCAUCUCUUGGGACAUUAAGGAGGAAGUGGAUGCCACUGACUGGAUUGGGUUGUACCAUAUAGAUGAGACAUGUCCCGCUAACGUUUGGGAUUCGAAGAACCGUGGCAUAAACGGCACUCAGAGGGGACAGAUCGUCUGGAGGUUGGAGCCUGGGCAAUACUUCAUGGAGCCUGAGACCAAAAUCUGUUUCAAAUAUUACCAUGGAGUGAGUGGAGCAUUGAGGGCCACAACAUCCUGCAUCACAGUCAAAAACCCUGGAGUUACAUUGGGCACAGAAGGGCAGGUGGACGGCCAGUCUGUAACAGAACACUGCAGGAAAUUGGUCAGCUUUACUCUAUCAGAUAUCAGGGCUCAGGGUUUGAAGAAGGGAAUGUUUUUUAAUCCUGACCCCUAUCUGAAGAUGAGCAUUCAGCCAGGCAAGAGGAAUGGCUUCCCAAAAUUUACCCACCACGGCCAAGAGAGACGAACCUCCAUCAUAUCCAACACCACCAACCCUGAGUGGCACGGAGAGAAGUACACUUUUGUUGCAUUGAUGACGGACGUUUUUGAAAUUGUAGUCAAGGACAAAUUUGCCAAAAGUCGCCCAAUCAUCAAACGCUUUUUAGGUCAGCUGAUAAUACCGGUGCAAAGACUGCUGGAGAGUCAUGCAGCGGGGGAUCAACAUGUAAGCUACACACUUUGUCGUCGUUUGCCGACGGAACAUGUGAGUGGGCAACUUCACUUCAGAGUGGAGAUCACCUCCAACGGACAUGAAGAUGGGGUCAUGGGGUCACUGCUUGGAGCGUCCUCUGUGAACGGAGACCCUGGGAGCCCAUCGGACGAUGAAGACAUGUUGCAUCCUGCCUCUCACAUGACCCAAGGCCCCUCGCCCACCGGCUCUGAAGAGUCCCUGCAUGGUGAUGCCUUUAGGACAGACCAGUGCUCGUUAGACCCUGAUGAAGAUCGGCUUUUAAGAGAUGGGGUCCCAGACUUGGCUGAAGGAACCCUGGGCCUCACUCACCGCCAGGCCUCACUUAAUGACUAUCUGGAUGCCAUUGAGGCCCCUAAGGGCCCCGGAGACAGGCCGCUGGGGGCCACAUCCCCGAAACUACGUUCAAGUUUCCCAACAGACACUAGACUCAAUGCUAUGUUACAUAUAGACUCUGAUGAAGAUGAGGAAGGACAUGCCAACCGUGAUACCGCAUUGACCAAUAGGUCUCAAGGAGCUAAUGGACAUGCCGCCCCUGAACAGAACAAGGGGAAGGGUCCUUCUAAAGACAGGAUGAAAACUGAGUCAGAAGCGGCAUGCAGCACCACAUAUAUGGAGGCUACUGUGUCGGGGUCAAGUAAUAGCGCAGCAAAAAUCCAAAAUGGUGGUGCUGAGGGCAGCCAGGAAGGAUUUGCCACCUUUGGAGACAUGACUCAAUCCACUGCCAACUGUCAGCAGACAGCUCCAAAAAUAAAGGAUGAAGAUGAAGUUGCACCCAAAUCAGGAACCAGGGAAGAGGUUGUUGUACCUUUGGAGACCUCUGAGACAUCAGCAACUGCUAGUAAUGUUGCUACUGAAGGGGGCGGUGCCACUGCAUCAAAGCAAUCAGAGCAGGGGUGUUCUAAUGAGGCGGCCAAUGGGGAGGAGGAAGAUGGAGAAAUCUGGCAGAGAAGGCGGAGUUUACAGGCAUCGGGGAACGCAUCGGAGUAUGAAGGGAUGGAAUCAACCAAUGAAGCGAGGAGGGCAGCUGACUCAGCACAAGCUGCCACGGUAACAGAUGGAGAGACAGGGGCCAGUGCUCAAGUGAAUGGCCAUCAACCAACUCGUUCAAUUCCUUCAAUGUGUCAUGACAUCAGCCGCUAUCAGAGAGUGGACGAACCUCUUCCACCAAAUUGGGAAGCUCGUAUUGACAGCCACGGGAGGAUUUUCUAUGUGGAUCAUGUGAACAGAACCACCACCUGGCAGCGGCCCACCGCCCCACCUGCACCUCAGGUCCUUCAGAGAUCCAACUCCAUUCAACAGAUGGAGCAGCUUAACCGAAGGUAUCAGAGUAUUCGAAGGACAAUAACUAAUGAGAGGACAGAAGAGCAAGCUGCAGAGAUGCCUUCAGAUGAUACUGACCUGAUGCUUCACUCCAUACCUGAGUACCGUCGGGAUGGUGUGGUUGGGCCCAAUAGUUCUCGCUCCCGUCUGUCUCUGCUGCUUCAGUCCCCCAGCGCCAAAUUUCUCACCAGCCCGGAUUUCUUCACCGUACUGCAUUCCAACCCUAGUGCCUACUGUAUGUUUACAAGCAACACAUGUCUGAAGCACAUGAUCAGUAAAGUGCGACGGGACGCGCAUCACUUUGAGCGCUACCAGCACAACCGCGACCUGGUGGCCUUCCUUAACAUGUUCACCAACAAACAGCUAGAGCUCCCGCGGGGCUGGGAGAUGAAACACGACCACACGGGCAAGCCUUUUUUCGUGGAUCAUAACUGUAGGGCGACCACCUUCACAGACCCGCGACUGCCGCUGCAGAGCGCCCGACCCAGCAGCCUCCUCGCCCACCACCAGCACCUCAGCCGCCAGCGCAGUCACAGCGCAGGGGAGGUGAGCAACCGACGCCUGGUGGGUGAUGACCCUCGACACGCUGGACCCGCUGUACUGCCCCGCCCCUCCAACACCAUCACAGCCAAUCGCAACCAUUGUCAAGAUUUAAUUCCUGUUGCCUAUAAUGAGAAAAUUGUGGCAUUUUUGCGGCAGUCGAACAUAUUUGAGAUCCUACAGGAAAAACAGCCUGAGCUCAUUAGGAAUCAUGCACUCAGGGAGAAGGUGCAGUUUAUUCGUAAUGAAGGAGCAUCUGGUUUAGCUCGACUGUCCAGUGAUGCAGACUUAGUGAUUUUGCUCAGCUUGUUUGAGGAGGAAGUAAUGUCGUAUGUGCCACCUCAGUCCUUACUGCACCCCAGCUACUGUCAAUCACCGCGUGGAUCUCCAGUCUCUUCCCCUCAGAACUCUCCCGGAACACAACGAGCCAAUGCACGGGCCCCUGCGCCAUACAAAAGAGACUUUGAAGCCAAACUUCGGAAUUUCUAUCGCAAACUGGAGUCUAAAGGCUACGGACAGGGUCCAGGCAAAGUCAAGUUAAUAAUCCGCAGAGACCACCUAUUGGAGGACGCCUUCAAUCAAAUCAUGUGCUACUCUCGCAAAGAUCUACAGAGAAGUAAACUCUACGUCAGCUUUGUUGGAGAGGAGGGACUGGAUUACAGUGGCCCAUCACGAGAGUUUUUCUUUCUGGUGUCUCGGGAGCUUUUUAACCCAUACUAUGGUCUGUUUGAGUAUUCAGCCAAUGACACCUACACCGUCCAGAUCAGCCCCAUGUCUGCCUUCGUCGACAACCAUCAUGAGUGGUUUCGCUUUAGUGGGCGUAUACUUGGUCUUGCUCUCAUCCACCAAUACCUGCUGGAUGCCUUCUUCACACGACCCUUCUACAAAGGUCUACUGCGAAUUCUGUGUGAGCUGAGUGAUUUAGAGUAUCUGGACGAAGAGUUCCAUCAAAGUCUUCAGUGGAUGAAGGACAAUGACAUCGAGGACACGCUGGACCUUACUUUCACUGUCAACGAGGAAGUCUUCGGACAGAUCACAGAGCGGGAGCUGAAGCCGGGUGGUGCGAACAUCCCUGUGUCAGAGAAGAAUAAGAAAGAGUACAUUGAGCGCAUGGUGAAAUGGCGUAUAGAGAGAGGAGUCGUCCAGCAGACUGAGAGUCUCGUACGAGGCUUUUAUGAGGUUGUAGAUGCACGGCUGGUGUCAGUGUUUGAUGCGCGAGAGCUGGAGCUGGUGAUUGCAGGAACGGCAGAAAUUGAUUUGGGAGACUGGAGAAACAACACAGAGUACAGAGGAGGUUACCAUGACAACCACAUUGUGAUUCGCUGGUUCUGGGCAGCAGUGGAGAGAUUCAACAAUGAGCAGAGACUAAGACUGCUUCAAUUUGUGACAGGGACAUCAAGUAUUCCGUACGAGGGUUUUGCCUCCCUCAGGGGCAGCAAUGGACCACGGCGCUUCUGUGUAGAGAAGUGGGGAAAAAUCACAUCUCUGCCCAGGGCUCAUACGUGUUUCAAUCGCUUAGAUCUCCCCCCGUAUCCCUCAUUCUCCAUGCUGUACGAGAAGAUGCUCACUGCAGUGGAGGAGACCAGCACAUUCGGCUUGGAGUGAAUGUUGACCUUUGCACUUUGGACUGAUCAAAUAUAUACUGCACUCACUUCCUGUUACCCUUCUAGAAGAUUCGUAAGGAUUCAGAGCAAAGGAAGACUUUCUACCUUUUAAAAAGAAGCACUUACAAGUAUAUUUUAUACACUGUAUCACUAAAAUAAGGAAAUACGUUCUCACUAAAAAACAGAAAACGAACUACGCAGACCGGACAAAUAAAACUUAUAAACUGGCAAAAAAGACAAACUGGAUUCAUAGAAGAAAGUGUGAAUGUAUUCUAGUUGUUCCUUGGAGGUAAACUCAAUUUUUUGGUCAGCAGCGCCACUUUGAUUCGCUUUGGGCCCAAGGAAGUGGCUGGCCAAAGUUGAGCUAUUUACUGUAUUUGUUUUACAUUUACUCAUUAGUAGACGCUUUUAAUCCAAAGCGACUUACAAAUGAGGAAUAUAGCAAAAAUGAGGAAAACAAACCCAAAGGACUUUCGAUAUUCAAACACUUUUUAUCUGUAAAAAGACUUUUAUACAGACCAUAGGAAUGCAGCGUGAAUUAACAAAUGUUGUUUUCAGAUGCCACCGUUGUCUUGAAUUGCCUCAAGUACUAUCACACGACACGAAUGACUGCAUCGCCCAAUUUGUUUUGACAAAACACUCUAUAUUGAAUCUAAAUGUAUCCGUUUGCUCUUCUUUUUUUUAGUCAUAUUUAUACAUUUGUUUCUUCUUUUUGCUUUGACACUGUUCUGUUCAUACAGGUGCCAGUAGAUGUCAUGUCAAAUUUGUGGCACUUUUUUGAAUGAAUUGGGUAUUCCUAUACUCACACAAACACACACAUAUGUUUUGAAAGGGCAUGCUACACAAAAGUGCACUCUCGUUCGCACUCAAACAUCAUGAAUGUGACCACUAUGUGCAAAUCAUCAAACAUGUGCUGGAAGCUGACUAGAAGAAUUACAUUUUGGAGGAGAAAAUAAUAAUUGUAUGAUAUUGAAGCUCUGGAAAAACAUCUAGGGGUUUAAACUUGAUGGUUUUUAUUUCAGUUACCUUGCUUACUUCUCCUUAGAAAUCUCAAGUUUGAUUUCUGAUGACAUUAUGAAGAGAGGACACAAAACCGAUUUUCUACUUGAAUGAUCACAUCCCCUUUAAAUAAACCUGUAGAUACUCUUAAAAGAUAAAACUUCUGUCAUUUACACUCAUGUCGUUCCAAACCCAUAUCAAUUCUUUCUUUCAUUAAAUAUGAAAAGUAGUCUUGCUGCUCUUUUACAUGCAAUGAAAGUGGAUGAUGACUGAUGCUGUCAAGCUCUUAAAAAUGACCAAAAAAAGCACCUUAAAAGCAGUUUAAAGACUCCUAAUAAAAAUAUAAUAGCUUUUUGUGAAGAAAAUACAUUGUUAUUCACUAAUAAUCUUCCCCUCCGUGGUAGAUCGCAAAUCUGAUUUUAUCUUCCGCAUAUUCAAAAUAUAAAAAUUGUAGUGCUAUAAUGGUGCUAUUUUGUUAUUUUUGGAGCUCAGCACUCUCUGCCCUCUUAAAUUGUAUGGAAAAGAGCACUGUCCACAUUCUGCAAAAUGUGUCCUUUUGUGCUCCACAGAAGAAAGAACGUUAUAUGUGUCUGGAAUUACAUGAGGUUGAGUAAAGUAUGAUAGUUUUCAUUUUGGGUGAACUAUUCUUAUUUAAAAAAAAAUGUAUCCCCUUUUCUCCCAAUUUGGAAUGCCCGAUUCCCACUACUUAGUAGGGCCUUGUGGUGGCGCAGUUACUCGCCUCAAUCUGGGUGGCGGAGGACAAGUCUCAGUUGCCUCCUCUUCUGAGACAGUCAAUCCGCACAUCUUAUCACGUGGCUCUUUGUGCAUGACACCGCAGAGACUUCCAGCACGUGGCAGCUCAUGCUACUCUCCAGGAUCCACUCACAACUUACCACGCACCCCAUUGAGAGCGAGAACCACUAAUCGCGACCACAAGGAGGUUACCUCAUGUGACUCUAUCCUCCCUAGCAACCAGGCCAAUUUGAUUGCUUAGGAGACCUGGCUGGAGUCACUUAGCACACCCUGGAUUCCAACUCGUUACCCAGGGGUGGUAGUCAGCAUCAAUACUCACUGAGCUACCCAGGCCCCCUACGAACUCCACUUUCUUGAAUGUUUUUUUAAUCCACUUCUCUUGAAUAGUGUUUUCUUGCAUUAUGUGAAACCGAGAAAUAUCAACCAUCAGAGAAAACAUAUCAAGACAUCCCAGAUCUUUCCAUUUGAGUUAAUGCAACAAAGCCUUUUACAAAAUACUGCCAUGGCUGUUUGCCGCUGGAUUGUACUUUUGUUUGGAAUGUUUUGUAUUUGGAUAAAUUUUGAGUACACUAUAUCGCAUAUAGUAAAAUCUGGUGUAGUUAACACUGCCAUGGGGCUUUACGAGGUCUAUAAAAUUUUGGAAUAGCAACAGAAAAAAAGUUGAUCAUAUAAUUUUUCAUUCAAUUUGAUUAUGGUUGACAUUAAUGCAGACCAGAUACCUGUAGAUCUUCCUCUUUUUUGUAAUAAGCCUUUUGCUGUGCGUUGCCGAUGUUUGUGCUGAAUGUACCAAAGGUUAAGGGAUGGUUGUCCCAAACCCUGUUUUAUGUAAUCCCUAAUUGUUUUAUUUGAUUAAACACUUGGAGAUUUUAAAGACAAGAAUUAAAGAAAAAUCGUUUUGAUCAAUGAGAAUUGUUAGUUAUCGGUGUUCUGAUCAGUGCUGUUGUAUAUGGAUCUAAAACUAAUAUAUGAAGGAAACUACAGUAUAAAAUAUCAGAGGACAGGAGGAUAAAUUAACAGGAACCGAUACAAAAAUUGUUCAUACUUUUUGAAUUACUAGAAAGUUGCUAAUCUCACUUCCCUUUUGCACAAAUCACAUGCUCUGAAAAUCGUGACUGUUAAUUGGCUUUCGGAGCCCCACUUUUAAGUUUUUAUCUUUUUAUUUAAUCACAGAUAAUUUUAUAAACUGUUAAUCUCUAGAGUCUUCAUUCUUUAGCUGAUA